AAUGAUUAUCGAUCUUAUAACAAGGUCGUCAAAAUUAAAACCAGAAAACAGAAAAAAUAAAAAACAACUACAAAAUUAGAAAUACGUCUUUAUAACCAAGUUAAGUUUAGUAUUAAAAAAAAAGAUUUAACAUCAAGCAUGAAUAUAACAACCUGUUCGUUGUCUGAAAAUAUGAAAUUUCAGCAUUUGCUUUACGUUUUUUUUAUGAUCAUUGUGCUUCUAUCAAGUGCAAUUGGAAAUAUAUUGGUUACAGUUUCUAUAUUUAUGUCACGUUGUUUUCGCGAACGAGUAGGAACUAUAUUUAUAAUAAGUUUAGCUUGCUCAGAUUUUGCAAAUGCUGCUUUCCUAAUUCCUUUUAAAAUAUCAACAAAUCUACGCAAUGACCAGUUUUGCCAUUCAAUUUCGAAGUGUUUUCUAUACAUCAUUGUUGACUCCACUUGCAAUAUUGCAAGCAUUUUUGGCCUUCUUUUCAUUACCAUUGACAGAUACAUAGCCAUAAGAUUUCCAUUUCAUUACACUGAGAUACUUACUAGAAAACGAGCAAAGAUAGUAACUUUGUUAAUCUGGAUUGUAUCUGCAGUGAUCGGUAUUUCUGGAAUAUUUCAAUGGCAACAAAACAGUUUCCUGCCGUCAUUAAGUAUUAAAGUAACACCAUCUGAAAAGGGAUGCAGGAAUGAAAAUAGAUAUUUUUACGUCUUUGUUUAUUUUGCUCUUUAUUUACCAUCUUUGGGCGCAAUGACAAUUCUGUACUUAGUUAUUAUGCGAAUUGCAGUAAUGCAUGCCAAAGCUAUAGCUUUACAAAAACAAAAAUGGGUUCCACGUGUCCAGCAAGAAAACUUAACUAAAAAACGUGGUCGAAUUUUUGAAAUGAAAACAACAAAAACGGUUGCUAUGGUUUAUCUGGCUUUUAUUAUUUGCUGGGGUCCUUCCUGUGUAAUAAAUAUUAUAAUAUUUUUUGAUCAAAAUGUUUUUCCAAAGUUAAAGAAAACACAUAAUGGCUUGUUUAAGUUUAUAUUUUAUUCGUUUAUUGAAAUUUUGCCAGUUCUUACAACAACUCUAAAUCCUUUCAUAUAUAGCUUUUCAAACAAGCAUUUUCGAUCAGCAUUUAAGAAAACGCUGAAAAAACUUUACGAAAAAAUAUCAAAAGUAAAAAGAAAAAAAAGUGUCACAAGUCUAACAAGUAUUAUAACUUUGUUAAACAUAACUAAUCAAUCAAGAAAAAAUUACAUCGUCAAGAAAACAUCUCUCUCGAUUGAGUCAUUAACAGCUAUCGAAGUUUGACUAAUUUGAUGACGUAUUCGAUGAAUAAGAAAAGAUAAGUUUGAUGAAUGGUUUGGUUUGAAUUUGUUUGGAAAUAACUUCAUCGGCUUUUUUUUUUACUUUAUGAUUUUUUUUAAAGUCAAGCGACAAUUUUUAUUAGUGCAUUAACUUUGUUAUUGCUUUUACUGCAAUCAAAGAUGAUUGAUACCCAGAUUGUUGCCACUCGUGUAAUGCAAUAAUAUCUACAGUGGAUAUAAACUGCUACUCAGAUGUUUUCUAUCGAAAAACUAUGCAAUAGUUAUUUAUUUUAUAUUUAGUUGUUAUU